AUGAACAUACAGCUUACCUCCAAAUCCGUCCUCGUCGCCCUCGCGACCUCCUUAGGCGUGUCCGCUCUCAUUGCCCUCGCCUUCUGCUUCCUCCGACCCUUCAAUUCGGUCGUCUACGCGCCCCGUCUCCGCUUUGCCGAUGCAAAACACAAGCCUCCAGAGCUUGGCCCUUCCCCUUUAGCAUGGAUUGGGCCUCUCGCCAUGAAAGAGGAUGUUUUGGUGGAGAAGAUCGGGCUUGAUGCGACCAUUUUCCUCCGCUUUACAAACAUGUGCAGGAACAUCUUCCUCGUAUUGUCGCUCGUCGGCUGCGGUAUCCUCAUACCUGUCAAUGUGGUUGGCGGGAAGCAGAUGUACAACACCAGUGGCUGGAGUGUCGAAGGCUUGAUGAAGAUGACGCCACAGUACAUGUAUGGCGGCAUCUUCUGGGCCUUUGUCGGCUGUGCUUAUGCUUUCAACACCGUGGUCAUGUAUUUCCUGUGGAGGAACUACAAGGCGGUAACGAGGCUAAGGCGGGCAUACCUCGACAGUCCGGAAUACCAGACUAGCUUGUCGUCGCGGACACUGAUGGUCACCGACAUCCCAAAAAGCCUACGAACCGACGAAGGAAUCGUCAGGAUCACCGAUGACCUCAAGACAACCCCCGAGGUCCCUCGAGCUGCUAUCGGACGCAACGUCAAGGACUUGCCUAAUAUGAUCGAGGAACACGAAGAAAUUGUCAUGAAGCUAGAGAAGGUUCUGGCCAAAUACCUCAAGAAUCCCAACAAGCUCCCAGCGACACGACCGACGUGCAAGCCAUCCAAGAAGGACGAAGCAUACGUGGACAAGAAUACUAAGGUGGAUGCGAUUGAGUAUCUCGCCAAGCGAAUUGAGAGGCUAGAGAGAGAAAUCCGGACUGUGCGCGAGUCUGUGGAUCGGCGCGAUGCCAUGCCAUAUGGUUUUGCAAGCUAUGAGAGCAUCGAGUCCGCCCAUAGCCUCGCCUACCUAGCCAAGAGGAAGCACCCUCAGGGAACUACCAUCAGGCUCGCUCCUAGGCCGAACGAUAUCAUCUGGAAGAAUCUACCCCUAGAUCCCAAGACUCGAAGAUGGCGACGGCUUAUCAACAAUGUUUGGAUUACCUUGCUUACCCUUGCUUGGAUGGCACCCAACGCUCUGAUUGCGGUCUUUUUAACGAAUCUGUCAAAUCUAGGAAAUGUUUGGCAUGGUUUUAAGACGCAACUAGAGCAAAACCCCAAUUUUUGGGCAGUCGUGCAGGGUGUGGCAUCUCCGGCGAUCACGUCCCUGUUUUACUAUCUCCUGCCGUCAAUUUUUCGACGCCUGUCCAUACAGGCUGGAGAUGUGACCAAAACCUCCCGAGAACGCCAUGUUAUCAAUAAGUUGUACUCCUUCUUCGUCUUUAAUAAUCUGCUCGUUUUCUCCCUCUUCUCGGCUUUGUGGGCUUUCAUCGGAGGCGUCAUAGAGAAGACUAAUAAGGAGAACAAGUCAGUCAUGGAUGCCUUCCAAGAACUGCACCCACUCGUCAACACACUGGUUGCUCUGUGCAGUGUUUCCCCCUUCUGGAUUACAUGGCUUCUCCAACGCAAUCUCGGUGCGGCCAUCGACUUGGCCCAAGUUGCCAAUCUCGCCUGGGGCUCGUUCAGGAGGAAGUUUGGCAGCCCAACUCCUCGCGACUUCAUCACGCAGACCGCGCCUCCCCCCUUCGACUACGCCAGCUACUACAACUACUUUCUCUUUUACUCGACCGUCACCCUCGCCUUCGCGCCCAUCCAGCCCGUCGUUCUCCUCGUCACGGCGCUCUAUUUCUGCAUCGACGCCUACUGGAAGAAGUACCUCCUCAUGUACGUCUUCGUCACCAAGACCGAAUCCGGCGGCCUCUUCUGGCGCGUCCUCUUCAACCGCAUGCUCUUCACCGCCUUCUUCUCCAACCUAGUCGUCGUGCUCAUGGUCGUCUCCCACGGCGACCCCUACCGCUGGCAGAUGCUCGCCGCCAUGAUCCCGCUGCCGCUCAUGCUGCUCGGCUUCAAGAUCUACUGCAAGCGCACCUUCGACGACCAGCUCGCCUUCUACACCAAAGGCGAGUCGCACAAGGGCGUCGAGGCCGCGCUGCCCGUCGACAAGGAAUCCCGCCGCCGCGACCGCGUCGGCGUGCGCUUCGGCAACCCGGCCCUGUACAAGAAGCUCAUCGUGCCCAUGGUGCACGAGAAGAGCCAGCACCUGCUCGCGGAACUCUACAAAGGUCGCCUGCACGACGACGGCCAGGACGUCAGCGGCUACAGUGACGUCUACGCCAUGAAGCGCAUGUCGCACGAGCGGCCGGGGAAAGCCGCGCCCGCCGCCGCCGCCGCCACGGCGCCGUUUGAGAUUGUGAAAGAGACCGAGCUCGACUUUGAGAACUUCAAGGACCGCCCCGAGUUCAGCGAGGAGCACGGCGGCGGCGGCGAGGCGUACGGCCGCUCGGCGGAUGUCAUCAGGCCCGGGACGCCGGGCUCGCUGUCGCAAUUUGGCGGGAGCGAGAGGGGGCGGAGCGAGAGCCGCGAUUCGGAGCGCACGUAUGCGGAGGACGUGGGCGUGCAGUAUCCGAAGGGCUAUCACUCGACGCCGAGCGCGUUGAGGGAGUAUAGCCCCAGCCCGGAGCGCGGGCACAGGGGAUUUGAGAAUGUGCCGGUGGCUGGGGCCGGGCAGUAUGGGCUGUAUCAGGUGCGGGAUGAGACGGCCUUGCUCGGGGGUGCGGCGCCGAUGGGGAGGGGGACGCCGUAUGAGCGGGGGACGCCCGGGGAGGAUGGGGAGGCGGGGGAGUAUUUCCGGGGACGGCAGUUCUGA